AUGCGGCGCGGCCAACCCCUCCUCCUCCUCCUCCUCCUCCAGCUCCUCCUCCUCCUCCUCCUCCUUCCUGCUGCACUUUCAGCCAAGUACGGCGAGAUCUGUUAUUCUCCAGAGGACUGUAAUACCAAAGAGGCUCCAAUCUGUCAGUUUGUCUUCGCGGACAAAACGUACAUGUACAACAAGGCUAAUUCACAAUGGAACAAGCCAGCUGAAGACACAAAGCCUCGCCUCGUCGGCUUGUGUGUUGAGUGCAUCAGUGACUGUGAUUGUGCUCUUGACAAGUAUUGUGGAGUGGACGAGAAUCACCCAGUUGUAAUGCCAUCGAACUUGACGUCUCAGAAUACAGGCUCGGGGCUGACAAACAAGAUAAAGUUGCUGCUGGAGGCGUAUGUACGACAUUUCUCGAAGCUUCCCUUGCGCUCUAAGUGCAAGAAGUACGAGCUUCCUACCACGUGCUCCUCAAACAAGCCCCCCGGCGCAUACGCAGAGUCAGUCUUGACGCAUGUGCUGAUUGAAGACGAAAGACAGUCGACCUCAAACAUCGAGUACUCAACUUUUUUCCAGACGCGAGUACCCUGGGGGACGCCCAAACGAGCUGAGAGUAAGCGAGGAGAGAGUUUCUGCGGCAAAGUCAACUCCUGGGCCCCUGCCUUCUUCCCGGUCAUCGACUUGAACCCGGCCGGUUCAAAACCCAUGCAGUUGGCAAUCAAGUGGAAUCAUCAGUCCGACACCGUCUCGACAAAGGGAUACUACAACACCCCCGCCACAUGCACUCCGUUUGUAAUCUUGCUAGACCCAAAGAAAACAGUGUGUACUUCUUGUGAGUAUAAACAAGACUGUCUUGAGAGAACGGACGACUUCUGCUGCGCCAGCGCUUCUUCUUACAGUCCCACCACGAGAACAUGCUACAUGUACAGAGAUUGCGAGGACGCAUGUCAACCUCAUCAACCAUCAGUCAGCGGAUGGAUCUACAGCUACAUGUGCGAGUCCAUGUCCAUGACAGCAGAACAAUCAAUUUUUUGCGCGUGCUACCAGACAUGCUUGACCUGCGUCACAAACCAUGGAGGAUGUGCUGCGAGCAAUGGAAUAUGCGCUCCUUGUCCGCAAUAUGGAGGGAAUCCUACGGGUUCAAGCGCCACCUGUCGGUCGAUGUCAGUGACGUCAUCGACGACCUAUUACAGCUAUCAGUCACAAAGGCAACCCCUGGACUUUCAGUCCAUCAGAUACAUGCAGUGCCUGGUGGACGCGGCUCGCAACUCCUGCACCACAGACGGCCCCUGCCCGGACUCCCUCUACGAGAUUCACAUCUCCGGCGAGUGCUCGCAAGGGGAUUUUCACUUUGACAACGGAUACUUCAUGUUCUCCUUUGAGUCGCCAGCCAUCGACUUCGAAGGCGACUGUAGGAACGGAGAGUGUCGCAUCUGCAGGCAAGUGUCUUCCGCUGUCAUCAUCGUCCUCGCACUUGGCGCAGCUCUCGGCCUCUUGUUGUCUAAGAUCAGAUGGUCCUGCAAGCCAGCAGCCCUCUGGCCCAAGUGGAAACUCCCAGCAUGGAGGCCCUUCCGCACGUGGAAAGUAGCUGGCAAGCCGGAGGAGGUUAACGCCUCCCAGCGGCAGGGUGCUGCAGCCUCCCGCGACAAGGUGGAGCACUGGGGAUGGAGAGCAGUGAUUCCGGGGCAGGUGGGGCCGGCAGCGCGGGGAUCGAGACUCAACAUAGCCGACGAACACAGCAGCUCGGUUGACCCGACAAGCCGGAGGGAGAGGACGGAAAAUGGACGAGCUGAAAGGGGGAGGAUGUGGAGGGAGGAAGAGAAGGAGACGAGGAGGAGGGAGGGGGAGGAUGAUGGAGACAAGAGACGCCGUUCUAGUCGGGAGCCAAGGUCGAGCUCCACCGCUCAGAGCCUCGAAAGGACCCAGUCAAUUAGAGACGAGAAGGAACAGGACCACAAGAGGAGGCAACAUGCCCAUGGCGAUGAGCGCGCAGCAAGCCCGCGGCCUGAGUAUCCUGGCAGGAGGACGAGCAGUCAUGAGGUCGAGCAGACCAACUCUGAUCGCCGGGCGAGUCGCAAGGAGCGAAGUCAAGACUCCGAGUCCCAGGUCGAUCGCCGCGGACCCGUCCAGAGCCGCCGAGAGGGGGCGCCCAAGAGCUCCCGGCACAGCCGGCGGCACGCGAGCUCCACGUCGAGCGAGACCGACACGUCGGUGGAGCACGUGCAGCUUCCUGACAGCCCAGCACCUGCCCAGCUGCUUCAGCGAUCAGACCCGCGACCAAGAGACCGAGACAGCCAGCGAGGGGCGCGACACUAA